AUGACUUUACAACCGUCGAUACAUCAGGAUCCCGGAGGAUCAGUAUCGACGCUCCCCAGGUCUCAUUCACCAGUUGAACAGAGAACAUCCGAGGGAAAAGACAGGCCUACAGAAAAAGACAUAGAAGAAAAGCCAUGGAAGUACAUUGGUUACAGAGGAUACACCGAUUUCAUAACAUCCGAAGACGAUUUUUUUCUUCUUCGAAGGUUCGACUCACUCAAUGUACGCGUGGCGUUGGCACUACAAGAUGAGAUAUCGGAGCUUGAAGAUGAGCUAGAGGCGAUAGAUAAUGCACUCAGUGGGAAGACUGCGCAAGACUUCGAUAACGGCACGCUGAGGCAAGACGUGGAGGAACGGUCUGAUCUGAUCAAAACGAUUUCGAAGAAGCUAGGGAAAUAUAAUGAAUUUCUAAUACAGCAACAUACACUCCGGAAGCUGUCCAUAGCGCCACGACGAGAUGUUAAGAACCUUCGUAACUGGCAUUACAAUCAUGACCAUGCCGCCAUUUCAGCGGAGGAGCAGAAGUACCUAAAUCACGAGGAGGAUCUUGUUGCUCUAUCUCAGAAAGAAAAGACCCCGCUACGACAAGUCAUUGACGGGUCUCUUCGUCUACGAACCCUUUCCCUGUGGAGACAUAGAAAGGAGAAGGUCGCGACGUACGACAAGAAAGAAGUCACUUACUAUUCAGACAAACGAAUGAAUAAUUUCGCUUCGACAGUCAUCAUUGCCAUCGGGGUUCUGAUGCUCAUUACGCCUAUAUGGAUCCUCCAAGCGCUGACGGAGCUGAAACCGAAGCUCGCUGUUAUCACGGUUUUCAUCUUCGUCUUCCUCUUAGUUCUUUCCUUGGCUAUGGUUGCGAAACCUUUCGAAGCACUGGGUGCAACUGCAGCAUACGCGGCGGUACUGAUGGUUUUCCUUCAGAUACAGUCAGGAGACUCUUGA